AAGUUGAAGGUGGGGAUGCAGGCAGUUUCAUUGCUCCCAUCUAUUGUCCCUGGAGAUCUCCCUGGAGGAUUUCCUACAAGUGUGCCUGAAGAAAUGAGGAUCAAGAGGGACUGCAAGAAAAUGGAACAAGAAAUUCACACAUCCUUUAUCUUUUCUGCAAUCAACAUACUGGCCGCAGAGCCUUGGCCUGAAAAUGCUGCGUUGUAUCAGCAACUGAAGGAGGAACAAAUUUUGCUUUCUGAUAAUGCAUCUUCCCUUGCUGUUCAGGCCUUUUUGCAAAUGUGCAAUCUGCCAGUCCGGGUGAUUUGCCGGGCAAACGCCGAGUACAUGUCCCCAUCUGGCAAAGUGCCUUUUAUUCAUGUGGGAAAUCAAGUAGUAUCUGAACUGGGGCCCAUAGUCCAGUUUGUAAAAGCCAAGGGACAUUCCCUCAGUGAUGGAUUGGAUGAAGUCCAAAAAGCUGAGAUGAAAGCCUACAUGGAAUUGGUCAAUAAUAUGCUCUUGACAGCAGAGCUCUAUCUCCAGUGGUGUGAUGAUGUUACAGUAGAGGAGAUUACUUACCCAAGGUAUGGCUCUCCUUAUCCGUGGCCCCUUAACCGCAUUUUGUCCUAUCAGAAGCAGUGGGAGGUGAGGCGAAAGAUGAAAGCCAUUGGAUGGGCUGGAAAGACACUUGAACAGGUGCUUGAAGAUGUAGAUCAGUGCUGUCAUGCUCUCUCCCAGAGAUUAGGAACACAACCAUAUUUCUUCAAUAAGCAACCAACUGAAUUAGAUGCUCUGGUGUUUGGACAUCUGUUCACAAUCCUUACUACUCAGCUAAUCACUGAUGAACUCUCUGAAAAAGUGAAGAACUACAGUAAUCUCACAGCGUUCUGUCGGCGAAUAGAGCAGCAGUACUUUGAGGGUCAUGAGAAAGACAGCUCUACAACUGCAGCCCACUCUUCCAAGAGGUCCUUGCUGAGAUAAGCUUGGUGCUUGGAGGGUGGAUCAUGCUGCAGUUUUGGGUUCAUCAUUGUUCAAUAAAUUUAUUUUGAGAAUGGAAAUGUGUGUUAGCUUUUUGAAGCUGCCAAAUUAUUCUUGAGCAAGAAAAAAUGUUAAAUACAGGUUUUGUGUUGUAGAAUAUACUGUGCACAUUUAAGCUAAAAUGUCUGUAUGAGCAUUUCCAUUUUAAUAGCCUGUAUGCCACUUACUGUAAAGUGACCUUGGAAAAAUAUUGUAUCUGUUUCAAAAAAAUAAAACACUUGAAAGUUGA